CCUAAUGGAAACCUCUUUGUCACUGGCUCUUCAUGUGGAGAUUUAACAGUGUGGGAUGAUAAAAUGAGGUGUCUGCAUGAUGAAAAAGCACACGAUCUUGGAAUCACAUGCUGCGAUUUUUCUCCACAACCAGUUUCUGAUGGAGAACAAGGUCUUCAGUUUUUCCGAUUGGCAUCAUGUGGUCAGGAUUGCCACAUGAAAAUUUGGAUGAUUUCUUUUACCCACAUUUUAGAUCAGUGGAUAAGUCUGUCAUUGUGUAUGAUACUAAUACUGAGAAUAUACUUUACACCUUGACUCAGCACACCAGGUACGUCACAACUUGUGCCUUUGCACCCAGUAUCCUUUUACUUGCUACUGGUUCAAUGGACAAAACAGUGAACAUCUGGCAGUUUGACCCAGGAGCACUUUGCCAAGCAAGGAUCCCAGAAGAUCAACCAGAGCAAUUUGUCGAAGAUUGGUCAGAGGACGACGUCUCAGACUGGCUUUGUGCACAAGGUUUAAAAGACCUCGUUGAUAUUUUCAAAAUGAAUAAUAUUGAUGGAAGAGAACUGUUGAAUCUUACAAAAGAAAGUCUGGCUGAUGAUUUGAAGAUUGAAUCUCUAGGGUUGCGGAGUAAAGUUCUGAGGAAAAUUGAAGAGCUCAGGAAAAAGGUGAAAAUCCUUUCUUCUGGAAUUCCUGAUGAAUUUAUAUGUCCAAUAACUAGGGAGCUUAUGAAAGAUCCUGUCAUUGCAUCAGAUGGCUAUUCAUACGAAAAGGAAGCGAUGGAAAAUUGGAUCAGCAAAAAGAAACGUACGAGUCCCAUGACAAAUCUUGUUCUUCCUUCAGUGGUACUGACGCCAAAUAGGACUCUGAAAAUGGCCAUUGAGCGAUGGCUAGAGACACAUCAAAAAUAAAACUUUAUAUUAUAUCGUGUUAUUUAUAUCUUCUGUGAUCUCAUUUGAAUGAUUUAAAGGUAAAUACUAAUCAGACAUUAUUAACAGUGAAACAGAAGGAGAAAGGUGAAUGUAGUUAUCUAUAUAAAUGAUUUAGUCUUUUCAUUCUUUAAAACAUAUGGACUAAAUAACACAACUUUUCUAUUUUCACUAUAAAAGUCUUUUUAGUAGCAAAAAAAGGUUUAAUCCGUAGAGAAAUAAAGUUAUAUACUUUGACUUUAAAUUUUAGUGCUCAAAUUUAUUCUUACUAUAUAGAUCAUAUUCCAUUAUAACCAAAGCUUGGGAUAAUUUAGACUAUAACAGGUAUUUAAAUUCUAGUUAAUAGCCAUUCAUUUGAAAACUCCCUGGAAUCCUCCUAAAGAGAAUUUUUAGCAAAAUAAUUGUAGAUCUGUUUUAUGACUAAAUUGAGAAAAAUCACUGACAUAUUUAAUGAAUAAUUUUGUUAAAUUGUUUGCAAGAUGGUAAUGUUUUUUCCCCCACUGUCCAAACCUAGGUACAAGUUAGGUGAAAUAAAUUGUCACAGAUAAUUAUCUGUGGACUUUGCUGAAACAGGAAGUGGCAAACUAGCUUUCUUUUAAAAUUCUUAAAAGUUCUCACAUAAUAUUCUGAACUAGGGUGACUAUAUAUUUUUACACAGUAGACUGAUAGCUAAUACAGCACUCUGAUAAGCAUUCUCUCAGAAGAAAACCUCAAUCUCAGAAGUUGAGAUUGUAUUGACUCUCUAUUCCUGUCACAAGUUGUUUACCAGAAUGGAAGGCAUUAGUGGGAAAGCACAUUAGAACUAAAUUCUAAGGGCAGGCAGGGACCAAGACUCUGUGUGUACCCCAACCCACAUUGUAGUUCUGAAAUUCGAAAACACAGAAAUAAAAGGGGAAAAGCAAUGUCAUUAUAUAGUCAGUCUUUUCCCCUGUAUAAACUUAUAGCUAAUAUGCUAUAUGUUCACAGAAAGAUGGAGAGCCCAACUACAAUGGAAGCCUCCAAAUACCUGUUCUCUGUAAUCACUGCUUUGUAAAAUUUCUGUCAUCCUACUGUGUUGCUGAAUUUUAUCUUUGUUUCAUAGGAUUCACAAUCUGCGAUCUAAGUUUUUUUUUUUUUUUUUCCAUACUAUACAUGCUUCUCACAUUCUUACACGUGAGGACAAAAAAAAGGGAUGGGAAUAUGUUCUAGAAAGUGUUUUUCUCUUGUAUUCUAUAGAGGAAGUCUGAGAACAGGUCUAAGACAAGGCCUUUGAACACUGAUAUAGCCCACUGGACCAGAUAUAUUUUGAAAAAAAUGGACUUAUUUUGCAAAGUUUUCACAUAAAAGUCACUAAAAGUAAUUUUUAAGUUUUCAUAUGAAAUUACUAAUCAGUUUUCAUAUAAAAAUGACUGAAAAUCCCUGAAGUCAAUGACAGAAAACACAACGGAUGGUUAUUUGUUAAAUGUGUUGAAGGUGAUUUUCUGUUUCACUACAGUAGUUUCUUGUCAAAUUAAAUGGCUUAAAACUAAGAUGCCAAUAAUUUACCAAAGUGUUUCUGAUUUUUAUACAAACAAACCAGAGCAGACAACUCCCCACAGAAAAAGCAAACCCAAAAGCGAGACAAAUCAAAUCCAAAACUACCCACAGGAAGGGACACCCCACAGCCCCUCUGUACCCUUGGCUUCUCGGCCCUGCAGGACUAGGUGGGAGCAGCCCUCACCUGCCUGCCCACUGCCCAGCCCUCAGCUUUCCAAGGAGACCACUUCCUGGAAUAGUUGGGCCAAAUACAUUUACUAAGAAUCUAUCAAAAUCAUAAUGUAUAAUAAAUUCUAAUAGUCACCCAGGCAGCAUCACAGGAAGUCAUCCAAUAAGAUUUAUCUACUAAGAAACUUCCCCCCUACCCAGUUUUUUGUUUUACUUAGCAUAGCUAGUAAUAUCAGUAACCACACAAUCCCCAGCAGUUGCUUAGGCUUAAGAUUCCAAGUCAGGAUUUUUAUCACAACAGUUUAAUGUUUGUGCUCAUUCAUACUUCUUUGAAACUGAAAUAUGUGGGCAUAAAGCAAGUAUAUAUACACUUUUAACUGAAAGAUAAUAUGAUAACCCUGUUAACAGUAAAAACAGACACCAGGAUUUCUGGAACGGAGACAUCUGGAAUGUUCUCAUGCACUCUUCUCAUUUCAGACCCUUAACUCUUUUGGGAUUUCCAGAAGUCAUCAACCUUGUGCUGAAAUUAUUAAAGUAAAAUUAAAUAUGCAUUUGGUAGUAUUAACGUAAAAACAGGCUUUCUGUUUCUUUAGGGUAACGAAAUUACCCAGGAUUAAAGCAAGGCAUAUAGCUGAUAUCAGGAUAUUCUCUACUUAUCCAUUGUUUCAUUUAAUGCAAAACAAUUUCUAUUAAUUGUUCUUUAUUCCAUAUGGAAAAGUACAGUAGUUGUGCAGAAACAAAACUACAUAACAAAGGAAUAAGACUUCCACAAAUAUUAAAGGAAACAAUAAACAAUAAAUAAGCCAUUGUAGUUAUAGCAGAACUCAUGAAAAGCCUCUAAAAAAUGAUAAAGCUGUACAAAGUACACUGUACACACUUGGGAACAAGUAUUGAAGAAUGAAACCAACUGAUUCCUAUUGGUACAAAACCAUAACGAUGCUCACAGGAAUCAUUACAACUACUCAAUUUUUAAACAUUCUGCAAAUAUAGAACUUCCUUCUCCCCAAUUCUAGAAAAUAAAUUUCACACCCCCAACAUUCAAAUACACUCCCACUUCUCUCAAACUAGCAUUUUAACAUCCUCCAA